AUGCUGGACCGGUGCCUUGGGAUGCGGCGCGUGCGACAGAUACAGCGUGCAUGCCGGCACAGCACAGUGACUUUCCUCUGCCUAUUCCUCACUGUCGUCGUCCUGCGCGGCACCAUCGGGGCCGGCAAGUUCGGCACGCCCGAACAGGACUUCAAUGAGAUCCGCCACCACAUCUCUGCCGCCCGUGCCCGCCGCGUCCUCGAAGAAACCAAACCCGACGCCGGCACCAACACUGAUUCCAACCCUAACAAUUACGCCACUUUCGAUAUCUCCAAGAUCCUCGUCGAUGAGCCUCCCACAGAGGACGAAAAGCGUGAGCCCAACGCGCCCUACACUCUGGGCCCUAAAAUCUCCGAUUGGGAUGAACAGCGCCGAUCCUGGCUCCGAGCCAACCCUGACUACCCUAACUUCAUCCGACCCAACAAGCCACGUGUCCUUUUAGUCACCGGUUCGUCCCCAAAACCGUGUGAAAACCCGGUCGGUGAUCACUACCUUGUCAAAUCGAUCAAGAAUAAGAUUGACUAUUGCAGGGUUCAUGGAAUUGAGAUUUUCUAUAACAUGGCUCUUUUGGACGCGGAGAUGGCAGGGUUUUGGGCCAAGCUUCCCUUGAUUCGAAAACUUUUACUCUCUCACCCUGAAGUGGAGUUUCUCUGGUGGAUGGACAGUGAUGCAAUGUUCACCGACAUGGCUUUUGAGGUUCCCUGGGAUAGGUACAAAGAUUCCAACUUUGUUAUGCAUGGGUGGAAUGAGAUGGUGUAUGAUGAGAAGAAUUGGAUUGGGUUGAACACUGGGAGUUUUCUGUUGAGGAAUUGUCAAUGGUCUUUGGAUAUUCUUGAUGCUUGGGCUCCUAUGGGGCCUAAGGGGAAGAUAAGGGAUGAGGCUGGGAAAGUGCUCACUAGGGAGCUUAAGAAUAGGCCUGUUUUUGAAGCUGAUGAUCAAUCUGCUAUGGUUUAUUUGUUGGCCACUGGGAGGGAAAAAUGGGGUGACAAGGUUUACCUUGAGAAUCAUUAUUACUUGCAUGGCUAUUGGGGGAUUUUGGUGGACCGUUAUGAGGAGAUGAUUGAGAAUUAUCAUCCCGGGCUUGGAGAUCAUAGGUGGCCUUUGGUGACCCACUUUGUGGGGUGCAAGCCUUGUGGGAAGUUUGGGGAUUACCCUGUGGAGAGGUGCUUGAAGCAGAUGGAUAGGGCUUAUAAUUUUGGGGAUAACCAGAUUUUGCAGAUGUAUGGGUUCACACAUAGGACACUUGCUAGUCGCAAGGUGAAGAAAGUGAGGAAUGAUACUGGCAAUCCUCUUGAGAUCAAGGAUGAUCUUGGAUUGCUUCACCCUGCUUUCAAAGCUAUCAAGCUCCCUUCUUCUUGA